AUGGGCUCCACGCAGAGCAGUCCAACUGGCAGUACACGUGGCUAUCAUGUCUUGAAGGUCGUGCCUGGGUCUCCUGGUGAUGUUGCUGGUCUUGAACCUUACUUUGACUAUCUCGUCGCAAUCAAUGGAGAACUAUUGGAUGAAGAAUCGUCGCUUCUCAUAACCGUGUUGACGCAGAACUUGGAAUCUCAAGUCCUUUUGCAUGUGUUUAGUGCCAAAUAUCAAGAUUUACGUGAAGUUACGUUGGUGCCUUCAAGAACAUGGGGAAAGAGUGAAGAUGGAUUGAUUGGAUGCAGUGUGAGAUUCUGUGAUUAUGCUGGAUCUGGAGAGAAUGUCUGGCAUAUCUUGGAGAUAUAUGACAAGUCGCCAGCGCAGAAAGCAGGACUGAAGGCACAUUCCGACUACAUUAUUGGAUCUCCACAAGCAACUCUCAGAGAUCAGCAAGAUCUAUAUGAUCUGGUUGAAAGGUCUCUUGGUCAACCAUUACAACUGUUUGUUUACAACAAGGAUGUUGAUAGUGUGCGGGAGGUGUUGCUGGUUCCAAAUGAUAGUGAGUUCAAGAGAUUAUCUGUUUCAUAUCCUUGUGCUGAUAAACUAACUCCCAAUGAUCAACUAGCAUGGGGAGGGCCUGGUACUUUGGGUUGUGAUAUUGGCUACGGAUACAUACAUCGCAUUCCAACAAUCAAACGAGGUCCAUUACAGACACCAUACAAGGCCGAAAAAGUUACAGGUGCACCUGAGCCAUCAGCAGUAGAAGCACCUAUAAUAUCAUCCAGCACAGUAGAAACCAUCACAUCAGACUUUGAAAACGUAGGACUCCAUGCCACUUCCAUGCCAGCAACUCCACACCAAACAAAUACCGAUCAAAUACCACUAGAAGCAAACUCGAUGCCACCACCACCACCAACAGGAGGAUUCAUCAAAGCUGUCGCACCGACGCUCCCUUCAGGUCUACGAUACGGAGGUGGUACGAUUCGUGGCAUUCAAGGAAAUUUAGGUCUUCGACCAUUGGAAGAUUCUCAUGAUCAUGGAGGUCACGAUAAACACUCGCAUGAUGGCCAUUCACAUGGAGGUCAUGAUGUAUCUCAUGAAAGUCACGACGAUCGUUUGCAUGAAGAGGAACAUGGGCAUUCUCAUGAGGAACAUGGUCAUUCUCAUAGUGGUCAUGGUCAUGCUCAUUAA